AACGCAAGCUGUUCGUUGGCAUGCUGUCGAAAAAGUUCACGGAAAAUGAUGUUAGAAACAUGUUCAGUGUCUACGGAACCAUCGAGGAAUGCUCGGUGCUGAGGGACAGCACCGGAAAAAGUAAAGCCUGUGCCUUCGUUACCUUCGCUAGUAAACAAUACGCGAUCAACGCCAUUAAAGCUCUUCAUCACUCGCAAACGAUGGAGGGAUGCUCGUCGCCGCUGGUCGUGAAAUUUGCAGACACGCAGAAGGAAAAGGACCAGAAGAGGAUGCAGCAGCUACAGUCGAAUCUUUGGAACAUAACGGGAGUCAACAUGGCGCCACAUUAUCUGACCAACGAUACGACACCGGCCCUGGCGCCCGCAUCGUUGCAGCUGCUGCAACAACUUCAGGCGACGACGAGCGCAGCGACUCCGGUCGCGGCGGGUGCCGGCGCGAACGCACUUUCCAACGUACAACAUCAGCUGUUGCUGCAACAACAUUUAGGCCUAGGAGCGGCCACCCCGGCACACGCGACUGCGCCCGCCGUGCCCAGUCCGCCGGAAAUCAACCCCGCGAACCUCCAAGGCCUGGCGACGCUCGCGUCCCUGAGCAACACCGCCGGUGAGUAUGCAAACGCAGGAGUGUCGCCAAUGAGUAUGCAGAACCUAGUCACCCUAGCUGCCAUGACUGGCGGAAACAGCAACCUUCAAGUGUCGCCAAACACGUUAAGCGGACUGGCGAAUUCGACAGCAGGUAUGUCGCUAUCUGUCCUUCUUGGAAAGACCGGAAACACAGGGUCCACCGGUGGCAGUCUCAGUCCUGUGACGUCCUUAGCGCUCAAUUCCCUGACAGGAACACCUUUGAACGGAUUACAAGACUCUUUGAGCAACGCCUACUCCAGUUUGCAACAAUAUGCAGCUCUCAUUGGAAAGACGUCGGUGACGACCAUGGAAAAGAAAAAAUUACAUAGGUUCCCUGCAUCCUCUGCAUUUACAGCUGCGGCGGCGGCGGCCGCAGCGGCAGCCCAAAAGGCGAAAUUCACGAACACGGACAAGCAGAUAGAAGGUCCCGAGGGCUGCAAUCUGUUUAUCUAUCAUUUACCGCAGGAGUUUAGCGAUACUGACCUGGUCUCAACGUUUCUACCGUUCGGGAACGUCAUCUCUGCGAAGGUUUUCAUCGAUAAACAAACGCAACUGAGCAAAUGCUUCGGCUUCGUGUCAUACGAUAACGCGACCAGCGCGCAGGCAGCGAUCCAAGCGAUGAACGGCUUCCAAAUCGGCAUGAAACGGUUGAAGGUCCAACUGAAACGAUCCAAGGACGCAUCGAAACCCUACUAGCCGGCAUCGUCCACCGUUCGUAGGUGGCCUGUGACGUUGUGACCGUGUUCUCGAUCGGAGUCGCCGUGCCAUGUCAGUCUCAGUCAGUCGAAUCGGUCAAUCGUUUGAUCGAUCUGUCGAUCAGUCACAUGACUCCUUGGUCAACCUUCUUGAUCAGUCAUUCUGUGUCUGUCGGUGCCUGUACACAUCUGCCCGUUCUCGCUCCUCUCUCACUAAAAAAACACAAAAAAAAACAAAAAAGAAAUACGAAGUCCGCUCCCAGACAUGAUUACUACACGCAUAUUAUUACUAUGACACGUCCUGUACUUUUUUUUUCUUACGCGACACACCAUCUCCUUGAGGAGGAUACGAAAACGGCUCCUCGAACUAAUUCACUCACGAGCUACCUCCACGUUUUAAUUUCGCGUACGUCUCCCACGUACGGUCGCCACUGCGUGGUCUGUUCCGCAUUCGAUCGGAGAUAGAGACGUCAGCGUCGAUUAUCAAUAACGCUACACCAUCGUACAAUAAAGAGCGGUAUAGCAGAGGGAAAGAAAAGGGGAAAUCCUCCUUGACGAUCAACCCCGGCCAACUUAAACACUCUGGAUCAAGUCGGGUGCGAGAAUUAAUCCGGAAUGCGGGAACGGAAACGAGGAAUCAUCGUGGGAAAGAGAACAAAACGCGCACUCGAUAUCUUGCGAGAACUUGAGAGAGAAAGAGAGAGAGAGAAGCCACGGUAAUUGAUAAAAAAGUGUAGCGAGGCGGAAAUUGAAGGCACCAAUCGAUCGAACGCCUACGUUCUUAUGUUUCUUGGGCUGAAAUAUGACACGAUGCUACCCUAUUUCUCUGUUUCUCUUGUAUGUUGUGUGUACAUAUAUAUAUAAAUCUAUAUAUAUAUAUUGCGAAUGCGUAUGCAUACCCAUAUAAAUGUGCAUGUGUAUGUACGAUAAUAUGCGUAUGCGCGCGAUGCGAUCUAAAACUGAUGAGGAACGUUAUAGUCCGUUGUAAAUGUAGUUACGAUUCUUCGCUUCAACUACUUACACGAUCGAACGGACGACAGAGGAAAUAGGAUCAGUUUUAGAUCGCAAACGAAUUCUUCGUGGACCUCUAAUGUAAGAAAUGUUUGCGUACAAUCAGUAACUAGCUGUUAAAGAAGUGAAAAAGAAACAAUGGAACAGAAACAAAUUGUAUGCUCUUUCCUUGAGACCGGGACUCUGUGUACCUUGUAUCAUAACGAAUUCGUUCGCUCACCGACUGAGAAACGAUUUUUAUCGACUCGUUGUUUCGGGAUCGCUGUCAGCGUCACGAAGUGCUUGUUCAUAUGUAGAUAAAACGUUAAGGGAACGUGCACUAGUUACUGCAUAGUGCUCGGCUCUAACCGAAUAAAUUAAUAGGGACAAAAUCGCGUAGGAAAUUGGGGAACGACGAGGAGGGUGGAAAGAAAAAUAAUAAUGAAACGUGAGUGAAAUCGUGCUAGUAAUGAGAAUGAAACUAUUAUAAGCGGACUGAGACCGCGGUCGGGUCUGGUUGUAAAUUAAUGAUAACGUGUAAUGAUGUAAAGAUUACCAAAAAAAAGAACCAAAAACGAAAAAAAGACAAAACUGGGACAAGGAGACAAAACGAAUCGUAGGGAAGAAAAAAAAACGAUACAUAAGUAGCAUUUUUUAAUGACUUUGUGAUAACGUUGUACCGUACCGUAGGAUUGGACUAGGAUCGCUUUUUAAACGUGUGUAUGAUAGAAAAUAAGCGUGGCAACUUGUAACGAUGGAGGAAUUCCGAAGAGACAUUACGAUGGAAGAAGAGAGGCAGACAUGCGAGAUCUUUUUCAUUGGUUGACACUUCACUCUAGCGUGCACGCGAUCAUCCUUCUUUUCUUUUUUUUUUCUUUCUUCGGGGGUACUUACGAUUCGUAAUUUUUUUUUUCUUUUUAAUUGUGAUCUCCGUUGUGUUCGAACCUGUAGACGAACUGUACGGUCACAAGUUCAACAGGUAUAAAAAGAAGAAUGGUACUUUUCAGUAUAUCGUGUGAGAAAAUGAUAAGUAAAUUAGAAAAAUUCGUUGUGGACGUUUUUAUUCGCUGAAUACUCGGCACUCACGUGAUUGUACACGAAUUAAUCUUGAGUCAGUAACCAUUCAUGUUAAAUCGCAACCGACAAAUAUAAAUGAUUUUACUAAACACGUGAACGAACUUGUACUUUUGUUUGUAUCGUCUGCGUAGUAUUUAAGCUUUUAAGAACAAUGUAGAAGCGACCGGAAUCACGCGUUGAAAUUGUCAGAGAUAUUUUAAUUGAUCCUCCGUGGUUCGGAAUUCAUGUUGAAGGACCCUUACGUCGUUACUGAUGCAAGAUUAACUCAUUGGCGUCAUUGUUAGGUACUUAAUUUCAUUGUAAACUUAAAAGAUGUGCAAUUCCCUUGCAUGGAAAAUCAGAAAAGAGAGAAACAAAAAAAAUUGGAGAGUCCAGUAAUGAUAUCCAAGUUAAUUUAACAUUGCCAUUCAUUAUGUCAGUUAAAGACGAAACAGAAAACAAUGACAUCGCAAGCUCUCCUUCCGAAUGAGAAAUUCAAGAAAAAGAAGAACUAUGUAAAAACAGAACUUUGUCUAAUUUUAAAGAGAAGUAUUAAAUUAAAAGUAUUCCAA